AAACGUUUAAUACAUGGGUGCACCGGCAUGAGCGCAUUUACAGUCGUCCGCUCAAUCUCAAGUUCUGUUCCAUAGUUGAAGAGACCACACUUUGGUGUCAGUUUUACUAAUGUUUGUAGGUAAUGCAUGUUCGCGCUUCAUUUAGUUAGAAAAGUGCCGACUACUGUACCUAUCCUAUAUCUCCGUAAUAUCACUAAUACCUGAAAGACUAAAAAAACUAGUCAAAGGUAGUUACUAAGUUUGAAAUGCUCUAACCUUUUAGGAAAAUUUUUAGGAAUGUCCAUCUCCAACCCUGCAGAAUAUUAAAACGCUCCAAUCACAAUUACAACACAAUCGAUGUAACUUCGAGACGAUUCUUUUGAAGAACCUAUAUAGACAUUGAUCCAUCAAAGCAAAAUAGUGGUGAGCUAGUACACAUGUUUUAAUUACAGUUUAAGACUCCUAAAUGAUGGCCGCAAAUAAUGACUACGCAAUCGGCAUCGACUUGGGCACGAGUAACUCGUGCGUGGGGGUCGUCAGGAACGGGCGCGUGAAGAUCAUCGCCGACGAGCGAGGUAGUCGCCUCACGCCGUCGUUUGUGGCGUUCACUGACGAGGAACGACUUAUUGGCGAGUCGGCCAAGCUUCAGCGCACCUUGAAUCCUGCCAACACAAUAUACGAAGUGAAGAGACUCAUCGGACGUAAGUUCAGCGAUGAAGCGGUGCAGAAGAAAUUACCCCACUGGCCAUACCGCGUCGUCGACGAUAGCGGCAACCCCAAAAUCUGCGUUAAAUAUCUUGAAGAGGAAAAGUUUUUCACCCCCGAAGAAAUUUCUUCGAUGGUGCUGUCCAAAAUGAAAGAUAUCGCUGAAAUAUUCCUUGGAUGUAAAGUGAGGAAAGCUGUUAUUACUGUACCAGCGUACUUUACCGACUCCCAACGACAAGCUACCUUUGAUGCCGGUACCAUUGCGGGUCUCCAGGUACUGAAAAUCAUCAACGAACCAACCGCUGCUGCCAUUGCGUAUGGAGAAGACACGAUAGCCCUCUAUGAGUCAAACAUUCUGAUCUAUGACUUUGGCGGCGGGACUUUCGAUGUAGCGGUUCUGAAAAUGAAGAAGGGAAACUACGAGGUAAUGUCUGUUGAGGGGAAUAGCCAGCUUGGGGGAGGGGACAUAGACUCUCGCGUUGCUAAAUUUAUGAUCGACUAUUUCAGAAUGAAAACGGGGCUGGAUGUAUCAAAUGAUGAUAUAAAAGCUCGAGCAAAAAUUACCAAAGCUGCCGAACAGACAAAGAUCAAUUUGUCAGUUUCUGCGUUGGACAAAGUUCAAAUAGAGUGCUUGAGUCACGGGCAAGAUUUCAUCUGUCCUACAAGCCGCUGCAAGUUCGAAUUACUUUGCGCAGAUAUUUUUGAAGAAACUAUGCAGUAUGUUGACAGAGCGAUUACAAAUGCCGGGCUGACAACCAACGAAAUUCACGAAGUGGUCAUAGUCGGCGGUUCGAGUUGGAUUCCCAAGCUCAGAAAAAUGCUGGAAGAAAAAUUCCCAAACAAGGAAAUCAAAAGGACGAUCAACCCCGCGGAAGCUGUUGCGUAUGGCGCAGCUGUCCAGGCAGCCAUGCUCAACAACGACCGAAGUGUUGAAGGCAUUCAGCUGACAGAUGUGACCCCGCUGUCCCUUGGUGUGGAUAUUGUAGGUGAUAGAAUGAGCACCAUCAUCAAACGAAACUCAAAGAUACCGGUGAAAUGCACUAGAAAUUACACGACUAUCGAGGAUCAUCAAAAAGCCAUAUUUUUCAAAGUAUAUGAAGGUGAAAGCGCAGUUGCCUCGAGCAACAAUUUAUUGGGGAACUUCACAGUUAAAGGUAUCGAAUUGGCCCUGGCUGGAGUACCCUCAGUCGAUGUAACUUUUUCCCUAGACAAGAACGGAAUAUUGAGUGCUACUGGCGUGGACCGGAAGACAGGAGGCCGAGGUCAAGUUACCAUCUCCGUUAAUAAAGGACGUCUCAAAAAGGAGGACAUUGAGAGAAUGAUUGUAGAAAUGAAGGACAUGGAAAAGCUAAAGAUUAAAAGCCGUGCUUAGAUGAAUACUCCUGCCUCUCGGGUGGCAGCAAUUGCAUAAAAGAAAAGUCUUCUUGAAAAACAGAAGCUCCAAAAAUAUAAAAACCAAGAGGUUACGAUGUAAUAAUGAGGUUGUGCGAGGCUGUCGAGGCUUGAUUGGACGAUCAGGACUAUGCAACCAAGGCGGAGUAAGAUGAGGAACACGAGUUCAUCAAGACUUUCUCUGAACUUCAGCUGGCUAUACCUCCUAAUUACUUUUUUGCAACUCUACUGCAGCUCCUAUAAAGUUAGAAAAGUUCAGCAGAUACAUUUUUGUUCGGAACCCUUGUAUUUUGCCUCUUCGUUAGGCACUGUGCAGGAAUUCAAUUGUAUCCAGUUAUAAUAAAGUUGCCGCACAA